AUCUUAACUGAUCUGGAGUCCAAAUACAGACCGUGUUGGGAAUUUUUAAUGUACAUUGUUAGCUGUGUAUGUUGUGGAAAUAUGCUUUUAUAUGUUUCUAUUUAUGCAUGAACGUGGUAUUGGACUGUGCUUAGUUAGUGCAAACUGAAAAGUGGAAACACCAAACAUCGUUUUCUUGUCUGUUCUGAGAUGUUUAUGCAACACGAGACAUAUGUGGAUGGCAGACUACAGAUGUGCCCCCGAUCUGACUGGAAGCUGUCUGUUUGCUUCCACGCACAGACACAGAAGUUAUCCCAUGACAUAAUGUACAUGAUGUUACUCUGAUGAUAAUAAUAAAGCUGCCCAUUGCGGGGUUAAGGCAGAGAGAGCAGAUCACAGAGGAGCCUGUACAUCUGAGUCUCUCCCUUUGUAAAAGUUUGAAUUUUUAGGAAGACGUGUGAUUUAUUUUUCUGCACAUUCAAUUUUUUGGUGUCCUGAACCAUCCGAACCCGGGAAGGCCUUGCGUAGCAGCAACAAUGUACAGCUAUUUAUUUUCAUUGUCUUUAAAUAAUUACAGCUGUUGGACGAAUGUCAACCUUAUGUAAUGUAGCAUCCCGUGUUCUGUUCCUUUGUUCAUGUUCUAGUAGAUGCUAAAUUGCUCUGUUGGUUACGGAGAACAGUGGGCGUGGGGGGAGAAAGGAAAAGCCGCGAGACUAGAGGGAAGCUCUCGUUUUUUGGUUGGCAUGUACGGCGUAGUUACGGCCGACAGUAACCGAGCUGUUCGAAAUAAAGGUUAUGGUGAAACCAGCGUCUGCAUUCUGUGAAACGCCACUAAAAGCCUUACGGUCGAGGAAUGAUGACGUCACGUCCAGGAAGCCCUUCCUUACGUGCCUGAUACUUCGGCUGAAAAUCGGUGGAGGGAUAUUUGAUGUCCGGUCCAUUUAACAAUCAACCAGGCAGAUAGGUGGCUGCUAGAGGAACCACGCCAAUCUAAAGUCAGCAGUUGGUGAAUCUUAAAGGGUUUUAUUGCUUUAGAUCGCAAGAAAUCUUCGGCUGACGCGACCCUCACAAGCCCCCCAGUCCCUCUUUUCCUGCCCUGCACUGGACUUUUGGAGCUCCAGUUGAUCCGCUUCCACAAUGUCUGACAUUCUACUGAGAAAGUUGAGGGCCCAGGUGACCAUCGCGAUGGAUGCCACCUUACGGAGAGCGGCUUUUGAAAUCAUGACCAUUUUUGAGAACACCUUAAGCGACCAGAAACGAGAGCUGGUGGAAAAAGAGGAAGUGGUUGCUCAGCUUCGAUUAAAGCUACAGGUGGCUGAACUGAGGCUGAAGGAUCUGCAAGGGCAAGGUCCCAGUACUGUUGCGACAAACCAAACCCAAGCGAUUCCCGAGAUUGUCCCAGAUGUUCCUAAAAUGAUCCAUGUUGAGAAAGCAAUUCCUAAAAUCGUUCCAGAUGUUUCUAAAGAGGUCCCUGUUGAGAAGAAGAUCGUCGCUGCUCCUGAAAUAGACUUUGAAGUUCCUGAUGACUGGUGUGCCCCCCUCGGCACUGAGCAUGUGCCCAAACAAGAGGAAGCGUUUUGUCCCAGUGUCAGGCUGCGAGAGUUUUCUAUUCCUCUCUUUCACGUUCCCAUUGUCAAAAAGGAGAGUGUCGACGACUUUGGCAGCCCCCAAAAAAACAGUGGUUGCAGGAGCUCACCCAGGCGCCGUGCCGGUGAAGGUGAGAUGCCCAAGGCCCUCCAGACAGGAGAACUGCACGGGAAAGGAAGUCGAAUGCAAAAAGAGAUCCAACUGCUGUUCAAACAGUUGAAACAGGAAGACUUCAUCGAUAUGACAACCUCUGGAUUAAGGAAGAGCAGAAGGUUGGAGGAGGGAGAAAUGAAGAAAAAGCCGUUUCAGUGCACCAAUUGUCCAAAAAGAUUUAGGCGCACGAAGGCCCUUGAAAAACACCAAGAGAGAAGACACAAAAUCAAAGGGAAGCCAGAUGACAUAAACGAAGACCUCGGAUGGACCCAGCCCUUGGAAGAUGUAGAAGAUAACUUACAGGUUAAUGAUGUUGUCUCCCAAGACUCCAGACCAAAUACUAAACCACAAAGAGUUGGCAAGAAGCGCAGAAAAGUAGAACCCCUCAAAAACCAAACCUGUGGAGUCCGAGUCAAAGAAGGGUAUCGCUGCUCUGUGUGUCAGAAGCUGACAAAACACAAAUAUACUUUAGAAGAACACUUUCGCAUCCACACAGGGGAGAAGCCACACAGAUGUGAUGUCUGUUCCAAAAACUUUCGCUUCAGAUCCCAGCUAAGUGCUCACCUUAAAAUAAAACAUAAAUCUGAACCACAACAAGGAGGGCAGAAAUUCAAUUCAAACAUGCCAACUUAAAGCUCCUCAGGAAAACCAUUUACCGUGGAACGGCUUAAAUCCAUCAAUUUAAGCAUCCAUGAUCCAUUAAUAUGCGGCACAGUUCAUGCAUAAGUCAUAUCCAUGUUAGCAACUGUAACGAAGGUUUAGGUUAAGUCAGCAGAUCAGUUUACACACAAUUCAAAGGAAGAGAACAGUUUCAAGUCAGAUGUUUACCCCUGACUUGUUUGUUUAAAGUAUUUAUUUUUAAAAGCAGGAUUUGUUUUUCAUUUUUUAGCCUGUUCACUGAGAAUUUCUUAGAAUUUGAGUUUUCUCCCCUUUGUUUAGUGAAAUGUAUUAUUAGUAACUAACAUUUGAAUUUAUUGAUUUAUGUUCAAAUGGGUUUUUCUAGCCAAUAUCCAUUGUUCUGUCUUGCACAUCAUCAUAAGCUGAUCGGAUUUGGUUUAGAGCACAAAAUAGUUGUUUGUACUGUACUUUUCCCAAAGAAAAUUAGCUGCAAAUUCUCAUGUUCAUUUAUGCUUGUUUUUUUUUAAUUGCAUCAAUGUUGGAGAUUUUUUUUUCUAUAAAAAGUUGACUUUUUUUUUACAUUGAAGCUAUAUAAGUAAAAUUGACUGAUUUUGAAUUUCUUCAAAACGCCUAAAUAAAAAUCUUUCUUCUUUGA